ACCAUUUUCCAUACACUUCUCUGGCCACACUUGGAAUCCAUUAAAUCCUUUUUCCAACUGUGGUUCCUGCAAAGCCUAAAAUAAAUAAUGACCGAUUCGGGGGCGGUUGGCUAUAACAUAACAAAGGAUCCAAAAUUGGUGAAGAAUCGAAUUUUCCUGGGCAACCUGCCAUCAUGUACCCGCGAGGAACUGGUUAGCAUUUGCCAGCCGUACGGCAAUGUUCUUGGGUCAAUGGUUCAGAAGAACUACGGAUUCGUUCAGUUUGAAACGGAGGAGCUAGCCAAUAAAGCCGCUUCUGCCUUGCACAAGUCCACUUUUAAACAAAACUUACUUACUGUACGCAACGCCAGCAUAAAAGGAAAGGUAUCCAAUGCAAAUACAAAAAGGAAUCCUCUGCAAGGAGCUCAGGUCACAGUACAGGGUGGAAUUGUUAUGUCAGCAGCAGCGGCGGCUGCUGGUCAGCCAAUCAUUAACGAUUGCGAGAUUAUAGUCAAGAAUCGGGAGAAUACCAAGUACGCCGAGUACAUUGAGGAGCGACUUAAGAAUGCGGGUCUGCGAGUUGAUGUCUUGUUUCCUAACGAGGACGUCCUGUUGGGAAAGGUCUUGGCCAACAUAUCAUCCCGGGGCUGCCUGUAUGCGGUCGUAGUCACUCCCCAGCACGAGCUACACAACAGCAUCACCGUGAACAUCUUGUACGGAGUUCCUGCCGAGCAUCGUAACAUGCCAGUGGAGGACGCCAUUACUCUAAUUGCCACCGAUUUUCUGAAAAAGAACCAGCAAAAUGCUUCCACACCAGAGACAGUGACCUCCAAUCGCAAGCGACGCCAUCCCGAUCAAAUGCAAGAACUUCUGGAGAGGCUGGCUGACAAUCAUCAAUUAACCGCCUCACAGUAUGACGUAAUUUUAAAGUACCUCGAGGGCGAACGUGAGCAGCAACUAAAGCGUGAGGUUGGUGAGGCAAACGCCCUUGCCAAACUCCAAGCUCCAGAUCCAGAGAUAGAGCUGCAGAAGAAAAUUCUAAGCAUUAUGAAUAAACCGGCGGUGACAGAGAUCGCCAGCGAGCUUAUGUAUCCCACUUUCGAGGCAGUCAAGGAGGACAAGAGGCUCAUGGAGCUGCUGAGGGACGAACGCGUAAUCGCGGCAUUGGAGAGCGUUUACAAUUCUGAUCUCAGGCAGACUAUAGCCGAGUACUUAUAGAUUAUAGGAUUUUAGUUAGUAUAUGUUUACUAUUACCAGAUUUAGGCUUUUAUGUCAAGAAUAGCUUGACGAAAAGUUCCAGAUAAGAGAAUUCCUGGUAUUCAAUAAAUAUUUAGUCAACUAAACGA